CGCGAGAUCUCAUUUGCUGCUGCGUUAUCUUCCAGAAAGUACCGUGAGACCACGUUAGGUAGAGGACUCCGGCUAAGAUUUCCUUUGUUAUCUAUCCUCCCUGGAAGACUGAAACUUAACAAAAGGCCUCAAGAUUAAAGCCACACACUGAAGUUUAAGAGCUUCAUCUGAAUCAUGGGGAACAUUUUUGGGAAUUUGCUGAAGAGCCUCAUAGGGAAAAAGGAGAUGAGGAUCCUGAUGGUGGGGCUCGACGCUGCAGGAAAAACAACAAUCCUCUACAAGCUCAAACUGGGAGAAAUCGUCACCACAAUCCCGACCAUUGGGUUUAACGUGGAGACAGUGGAGUACAAGAACAUCAGCUUCACAGUGUGGGACGUGGGUGGGCAGGACAAGAUCCGCCCCCUCUGGAGACACUACUUUCAAAACACACAGGGUCUAAUCUUUGUGGUGGACAGUAACGACAGAGAGCGUGUGAACGAAGCACGGGAGGAGUUGAUGAGGAUGCUGGCUGAGGAUGAGCUGAGAGAUGCCGUCCUCCUUGUGUUUGCAAAUAAACAGGACUUGCCGAAUGCCAUGAACGCUGCAGAGAUCACAGACAAGCUGGGCUUACACUCCCUGCGUCACCGUAACUGGUACAUCCAGGCCACCUGUGCCACCAGUGGUGACGGUCUCUAUGAGGGUCUAGAUUGGCUGGCCAAUCAACUCAAGAACAAGAAAUGAGAACAAAAACUAGAACAAGCAGACACACCCGUCCUAUUUUUUAAUUUGUUCUGGGAAAUGGGAUACGUGUUUGGUACAGGGUUUUAAUUGAUGGGUGAAGUGCAACAUUCUGGGUUUGGGAUGGGGAGUCAUUUUCAGUCAGUUGAAGUUCUUAAUGAUUUUCAGCGCUUAAUGAAAACAGAUCUACUUCAUAUUUAAUCACUUAUACACACACACACACACACACACACACACACACACACACACACACACACACACACACACACACACACACACACACACACACAAACACACACAAAUGCACACUAACCGUAAGCAAUCACAACAGACACUUGCUUUUCCUGUGUCCACCUCUUGUCCUUAGGUGAAAUGUACUGUAUGUUAGUCUCUAGGUGCUGUACCAAGUCAUAUGUGACUCCACUGAGUCAGCAACAAGUCAAAUACGACUUACUGUUGAUGUUUAUACACAUCAGUUGUCUGUGCAAAGAACUGUUCUGUGUCAGUUGCACUUCCUGUUUGUUUUCCCCUUUUCUCCAUUGUAACAGAGCCAUGUUUAAGAACAAUCACAGCUGGCAGAUUCAUGUCAACAACAUUUGCUUUAAAGGUGUACUUUCCCAAUUAAUUUGUGAGCAACACUGAUGCCCUUUGAUACUAAGAUAUGUUUUGUGUUUGUGCGAGCAGCCUUGUCUGUAUUGAUCAUAUAGACCCUUUUAAACAAUGGACUAGACUCUCCCUCAUGUCAUACGUCCUCCUAACUGCCUCACUUUGGGCAUCUUUAGAUAUCUGUGGCAUGUGUCCACUUCUUGUGUUUAAAAUAUCUUAUAGUACUUAACAACAGAUCAUACUUGAUUGAGUGCCCGAGUUGCAUGCAUCCUGCUUGACUUUGCUGACAUAGUUGCAUACUUUCCUUCCUUGGGACUGUGCAAAAACUAACCUAUCCCAUCCCAUCCAUCCAUUAUCUUGACCGCUUAUCCUGUUAGUGGUCACAGGGGGCUGGAGCCUAUCCCAGCUGGCUUCGGGCAGAAGGCAGGUCGCCAACCUAUCACAGGACUAACACAGAGAGACAGACAACCAUUCAUGCACACACUCUCACCUACGAGCAAUUUAGAGUGAUCAAUCAACCUGGUGAGCAUGUUUAUGGACUGUGGGAGGAAGCCGGAGUACCCGGAGAGAACCCACGCAUGCACGGGGAGAACAUGCAAACUCCACACAGAAGGCACCUGCCCGGCCGGGUAUCUAGCUGUGAGGCAACAGCGUUACCCACUAACCCUACCAACCAAUUUUUGCAUUAGUUGUCAACAUCAGUAGUCAGCUCUAAGGUUAAAGAGUUAUAGAUCAACACACACGACCUGCAGCCUUUUGGCUUUUACAUGCAUCCACUUGAGUUCUCUAAGUGCAUCAGCUUGCUCUUGCUUUGUAUGUUUUUGUCUCAGACUUUCAUAUCUGGUGGAUGAUUCUGUUGCUGAUAACGCUGUGUUACUGAAUGUGAAUAUUGUUUGUGGAUCUCUUUAUGGCUGUGAUAUUUAUUUGACCUUUAAUACAGUGGUGUGUUGACAAAAUCAUUUGAAAGAGAGCAGGUUCUUUCAUCAGCACAUCCACGACUCACUCCUGAACAGUUACUGAGUGACCACUGAUACCAGCAUAUUCCACACACUCCUGUCAAUACAACUAUUUCUUUGUGCCAUACUUGAGUAGUGAUACUCGUAUACCAGUGACAGUACAACAAACUGUAAGUACACUCCUCCAAGUUGUGAGAGCGUUGUUCAUAUUCAGCAUCUAUUGUAUGUUAAAUCAUGAGUUUGAUCGUUUGGGUUUUGUGGCCUUAUAUCUAGUGAGACUUUAACGUUUUAUUCUCUGAUUAUGAGUCACAUAUAUUUAUCUAUAAAGAAUGAUUUACAGAUUUAUUUCUCUAUGCCUUCUAGAGGCGGGUUUUGCACCACAGUUAAGGGUGUUUUAGGCAAACGUUGCGUCCUUUUGUUUUGCCCGUUUACUUGAUUUGUAGUUGGUAGUAGAUUCUUUGGUUUCCUUUGGGGUGUAAAGAAACUUUAAUGUAGACUGUCUGUGAUAAACAAUGAUAAACCAUGCAAAGAAAAAAUAAAUACAUAAAAAUGACUUCUGAUGAUUCAUUCUGUACCGUUAUAGUUACACAAGUAGAUUUAAAAAUGACGAUAGCUUGAGACAUCUGUAUGUGAUUCAAAAUCCUGAUGUAUUACAAAUAAAAUCAUUUUCCGUAUGACCCGUUU